GACAAAAAGCUUUUUGUGUAAGAAAAGGAAAGGUUACAUUCGUUUGGAAAAUGAUAUUUCAACAAAAUUAUUUGAUAAGUUUUUGACAAAGGUGACGUGGUUUUUUUAAAUUUUUAUUAUGAAAAGGUAAGUUAACACGUGCGGCGAAAAGAAAGGAAACUGAAAUUAAAUGUAAGUUAGAGAGAGAAAGUGAAGAAGAGAGAAAGGGGGAAAGUGAGACUGCGAGUGUGCGGAGUGAGAAAUUGAGAGAGGGAGGAAGUAAGGUCGCCGAAGUUUCUGAUUCAGUGAAAGCGAGAUUCCGGCAAGCAUUUCGCCUUCAUUAGUGGAGGAUAAUUAUCAGUGAAAGCGAGAUUAGAAAGAGAGAGGACAAGAGAAAGCGAGAAACCGACAAAGGGAGAAACAGGAAAGCGAGAAAGAUAGAGAGAAAGAGGGAUAAAGUGAGAACAGGAAUGAGAGAGUGAGAGGAGUUAAGCAUUGCAGAUUAGUGGUGGAUAAUUGUAGUCAUUGCCGCCGUUUGGGUGGGUUACUGGAGACAUGUCGUAGAAGAAGUCGUCACCGACAACGAAUUUGUCUUCCCGAGCGUCCAAUCGAACCUUUGCCGGAGCCCAUUUAAUUUAUUUAACCCAAAGGUAACGUAUUUCGUUCGUAUUACGCAGAGGAUGUGUAGAGAAUGAUAUAAUUUAGUUUUGCAAGUUUGACUGAAUUGGGGGAUGUGCUUGUAAAGUUGAUCUUGUUAGCUGUAGAUGUGGUUGUUGGUGAUUUUUGUUUUUUUGAGAGAUAUGGUUGGUGAAUGAGCAUUUUAUGUCUGUGUUUGGUUGUCCAGUUUGUGUAUAGGGUGUUGACGUUGGAUAAAUUUAUUGUUGCAUUUACAUGUCAUAUUUUGCGAUGCGUCUGGUGUGUGUGAUGUGUAUGGCAUUGUAGGAUUGUAAGAUGGACCGCAAACGUGAUGGACAUGUUGAUUGCUCAGAGGAGAAGAAGAUGUCGAAUGAACAAGUUCCCUCGACUAUUGCAUUGGAUGAAUGUCAGAGUUGGUGACAAAGUCAUAAGGAGUGCAUUUGAUAAGAAUAUGUGUGUUGUUGAUGUGUCCGUGUCAGAUGAAGAACUUCAUCAUGAUGUUGUAAAAGAAGCAUUUAAACAAUUUGGCACUGGCUAUAGAAAUGAAGAAAAAAAUGACAACGAAGAGGUUCUUCGUCUUAUCGAGUAUGAAGAAGGUGAGAUAGCUGGUAUGGAACAUUCAAUUUUUGAAUUAGAAGAAAUGGUUGCAAAAUGUACGGGUGAGGUUGGAAAUGAGGACCCCCCAAAUGAUGCUUGUGUGGAAGAUGUGUUUGAUGAUGACGAUGAUGGAGAUGACGAAAUGGCUUUAUGACCCUCCUACUAAGCCGAAUCAGGAUGAAGAUGUUGUUGUAAAUGAUGACGGUGGACAACAUAGCAACAUGUAUGACCGUAUGAAGGCCCAACCACGAAGGCGGUUCAAGAGUGUUGUGACAAGAACACCUUUUUCUGUUUAUCGGAAUAAGAAGAAUUUGAAAUUGAAAUGACCAACAUUGGGAUGAUGUAUUGAUGAAUUUACGUUCUAUGUGGAUGUUAUUAUUGCAAUAGGAAAUGUGAUGUGUAUUUUCUUUAUUUAUUA